AUCCGACGCCAUGGCAGCCGCCUUGGGAGGAGCAGGAGCAGGUGCGGAUGACUUUGAUCAUCAUAAACCUGGUGCAGAAAGGUCUUGGAGAAGGAGAACUGGAGAUGAUGAUUGGGAUAGUGAACUGGAUGAUGACUUACUAGGAGAAGAUUUGUUGACUGGCAAAAAGACUCAGUCAGAUAUGUCAGAUGAAGAACUGAAUGAUGAUCUUCUGCAAAGUGAUAAUGAAGACGAUCAGCAUUAUAGUUCUCAAGAGCUCACUGUGAGUCUUAAUGCUGCAUCUAGCGUGGUUACAUCCUUUGAGAAUGCUAAUGACCCAUCUAUUGAACAAGACUUAGAGUAUGAACAAGGGGAAGAUGAAAUUGGUUACGACAAAUCAGAUGUUCCUGAGGAGUAUGCAGAGGAGUAUUCGGAAGAACAAUAUGAAGGCCAAGAGGCUGAGUUGAUUGAAGAUCAAAUAGAAUAUGAGGAAGAUCAGGGUGAAGAAGAGAAUUAUAACGAUGAAGUGCUGGAUCUUGAAAUCAAUGAACCUCUAGAUGAAUUUCCGGAUGAAGAUUAUGUACAAUCUUAUAGUGGAGAACAAGUAAUUGAACAACAAGAAUAUGUAGCUGAAGAAGAGUUAGAAGAGGUUGCUGAUACCCAGUCACCUCCAAAUGAGUCAGAAGAGGCAAUUAUUGAAAAUCUGGAGUUUCAAAAAAAGACCAAAGAAGAGUCAGAUGAAGAAGAGGAAGAUGAUGAAGAGUCUGGUCGGUUACGGUUCAAAACUGAACGGAAAGAAGGAACAAUUAUUAGGCUAUCAGACAUAACAAGGCAGCGAAGAAACAUUCCAGAAACUUUGGAACUUUCUGCAGAAGCCAAAGCAGCAUUACUUGAAUUUGAAGAACGGGAAAGACAACUGAAACAAGGGCGGUAUGGAUUCCGAAGAGGAGGAAGACGAGGAGGCUUAUUCAUGUGUCAUGGGCUGGGAGAGCAAAGAAGAGACAUCAAUGAAAGAGGAAGAAUGAAGGAUCACAGGCCUGGUUUGCUACCAACCCAGACAGCUAUGAUGACACAUUCAAACAGGAUAUUUCAUCAUCCCAUUCGGAAUCUUUUCCAGCAGCAGCAGCAAUCACAGCAACAGCUCCAGGGUCUGCUCCCUGUCCCCACUCCGCAUCAUACACCACCCCUCCCCCCCCAAGGAAUCCGUAUGCCAUCCCAGGUGGACGCCCCGAGAAUACUGAUGACUUCUUCGGUGGCAUCCCAGCAGCCAAAAAACAUACACAUAAAUCCACACUUCAAAGGAACUGUAGUAACACCUGUUCAAGUGCCCUUGCUGCCAGUCCCAACCCAGCCAAGACCUGCUGUAGGACCCCAGAGAUUUCCUGGCCCUCCUGAUUUUCAACAAAACACUCCUGGACCUGUUCCUAGCAAUUUCAACCAAGGCCCACGACUUUCCCUCCAAGAUCAGUGGCGAGGACCUCCACCCCCCCUUCCUCCCCCACCUCCACAGGAGAGGGAACCUUUCUUCAUGGGAGAGCCGAGAUUCCCCGGCCAUCACUUGUUUGAACAGCGGAGCCCACCACCCCCACCCCUUCUUAACAGCACGCACUCUGUGCCUAGCCAAAAUCAGCUCUCAUUCAGUCAGCCUGGACCUGGUUUCAGCCAGCAGGGGCAGCAACCCCUGUUUCCAAGAGAAAGGCUGGUGAGGCCAACUCUGCAGCCUCAGGGCCCCCUGGGAAUCCUUCAUUUCAGCCAGCCUGGAGCAGCCAACGCACGGCCUUUUCUUCCCCCACGGCAGUCCUUCCUGCAGGUCCCAGGACAGCCGUUCUUAACCUCUCUCACCCAAGCCGGCAUGCAGGUAUUGUGGGAACUACAACCAGGGAGUAAAUGUGACUUCACGCCUGCCAUGUUUUCAAAUGUACAGGGCCCUUUGCACCCUCCUUUGCAGCCACAGCCACCACCACCACAGCAGCCGUCCCAACCAUCCCAGCCUCACCACCAGCCGCACCAAUCCAACCAGCAGCAGCACCUGCUGCCUGUGCCUCCCCAGCCUCUGAUUCCGGUGGCCCCAUCCCAGUUCAGGCCACGCCUACAGACUUCACAGCCAAGCGGUAACCGGAUGCCCUACCAGCAACGGCAAAGUCUGGUAAAGGCCAGGCAUAACACACCGGCACAAAACAUUUUAAAACGUCCAAAUCAGCAGCCCGCAUCAGCUGCCUCAAGAAAUAGUAAUUUGCGGGAAUUGCCCAUAGCACCUUUGCAUGCGAUUGACACUGCUAACAACAACCGACAAACUCCAGCUCCUUCUGUUCAAGCGAAACCGGUUUCUAGCAUCACAGCUGCUAUGAAGCCUCUUGCAGGUAUCAAGAACCAAGUGGGAAAGAUGGAGUCCAAGCCGAAAACGGUUACUCCCACGACUCAGCCUAAAGUGGAGGUUAAAUCUGAACCAGAGUUUCCCGAUGAAGAUGAAGAAACCAGACAGUACCGUUUGAAGAUUGAGGAACAGAAACGCCUCAGGGAAGAGAUCUUGAAACAAAAGGAGCUUAGGCGGCAGCUUCAAGCUGGGGCCCGAAAAAGAGAAUUGCUAGAAAGGCUGGCACAGCAGCAGCAAUAUCAACAACAACAGCAAGGCCCUGCAGGCCAAGAGCAGGAAGAAGAUCCUUCAGAGCUUCCUACCAAUGGAAAUCCAUUGCUUCCUCUUCCUGUUGCACAACAGCCCCUCCAAAAUGUGAAAUACAGACUAAUGGUUAAAAAGCAAGACCUGGUCCUUCCGGGUUCCCCAGCUGUUCUGCCUAAGCCUGCAAAUGUUCUCCAGGCUGGAGAUGGUGCACAAUUUCCAGGACAGCAAAUAAAGCCCAUAAAGCAACUACGGCAGGCUAGGACAGUGCCUGAAAAUGAGCUCCAGCUGCCCUAUAAAGCUUUGCAAGCGAAGCCUGCUGCUGCUGCUGCUGCUGCUGCACAGGUGAACCUGUCCCAGAUUAGUCGGGUGGCCUUGGUGCAAGGCCAGCCUCAAGAGGUGAAGCCUGGGAUGAAAAGAACUGUCAUGCAGCGGGCAAACAGUGGGAGUGGCGAUGGGCCCCAUAUCGGCACCAAAGUCAGGGUGAUAAAAUUAUCAGGAGGGGGUGGUGAGAAUGUUGGCUUUUCUCACGUGGAAGAAUCUCCUAACCGGCUUCUGCAGCCAUCAGAGCAAAGACAUCAGCCGGUGCGGAAGGUCACACUGACAAAAGGGACAGUGCAGCAACCGCAUCAGCCUCAUCAGCACCUUCUAUCACAGAUUCAUUCUACGUUUUCUCAAGAACUAAAAAAUAUCCCAGGGAUACAACAAGUGAAAAAGGGUAUUCUGCAUGGGAGAGGCAGGGGGAUCACUGGCCUGAUGGGCCGAGGCCGCUUGAUGCCAAGUAAGCCGAAUCUGCGGGUGGUAGAGUGUAAACCUCAGCCCUGUGUCGUGUCAGUGGAAGGCCUUUCUUCAUCCACCACGGACAUUCAGCUGAAGAACCUGCUCAUGUCAGUAGGACCUAUCCAGAGUUUACAGAUGUUGCCUCAACAACGAAAGGCCAUUGCAAAAUUUAAAGAGCCCGCUGAUGCUUUAAAAUUUCAGCAGAGGUUUCACAGGCACAUGAUAGAUCUUUCCCAUAUCAACGUGGCACUGGUAGUGGAGUGACCACUGGGCAUAAGUUAUCCUAAAAUACAGCAGGUUGCGGAGGAAGUCAGAAGGGUAGAAUCUCCCUGUAAUUUGUGGUGCCAGCUUUGCAGACUUCUUCUGAAACUUCAAAAUUACUCUGUGACAGCUGCUGACAAUAACAUCCUUGCUACAGUUGGAAGUUGUAUUACUAGAGUGAAAACUAUCUGUAUGGAACAUACAGAACUACAGACCUCAUGUGUGAAUAGUAUACAGUACAUGGAUGUUUUUAGACGAUGUACUGUGAACACAAUGUCUUGGAUCA